AUGGCUCCCAGCAGGCUCGGGCUCCCUGCCUCUCCCGCCGUGUACCAACCGCGAGCCCGGGCGGCGCCCAAGGGCGGGGUCCAGCGCUGCCCGCUGCCGACCACCUCGCUCCUGCUCCUCGCCUACCUGGCUUACCUGGCGCUGGGCACCGGCGCGUUCUGGGCACUGGAGGACCGCGCGGCGCAGGCGCACGACAAGUGGGAGCUGUUGCGGAACUUCACGUGUCUGGACCGCCCAGCGCUGGACUCGCUGAUCCGGGACAUCGUCGAAGCGUACAAAAACAGGGCCAGCCUCCUCAGCAACACCACCAGCAUGGGGCGCUGGGAGCUCGUAGGCUCCUUCUUCUUUUCCGUGUCCACCAUCACCACCAUCGGCUAUGGCAACCUGAGCCCCCACACGAUGGCCGCCCGACUCUUCUGCAUCUUCUUUGCCCUCGUGGGGAUCCCGCUCAGUCUCGUGGUGCUCAACCGCCUGGGCCACCUCAUGCAGCAGGGAGUGCACCGCUGCGCCCGCAGGCUGGGGGGCGCUGGGCGGGACCCCAGCAAGGCGCGGUGGCUGGCGGGCUCCGGCGCCCUCCUCUCGGGCCUCCUGCUCUUCCUGCUGCUGCCCCACCUGCUCUUCUCCCACAUGGAGGGCUGGAGCUACAUCCAGGGCUUCCACUACGCUUUCAUCACCCUCAGCACCGUGGGCUUCGGCGACUACGUGAUCGGGAUGAACCCCUCUCGGUGGUACCCGCUGUGGUACAAGAACACGGUGUCCCUGUGGAUUCUCUUUGGGAUGGCGUGGCUGGCCUUGAUCAUCAAACUGAUCCUCUCCCUGCUGGAGACGCCAGGAGGGGCGUGUUCCUGCUAUCACCACAGCUCCAAGGAGGACUUCAAGUCCCAAAGCUGGCAGCAAGGCCCAGAUGGGGAGCCGGAGUCCCACUCCCCACAACAAGGCUGCUGUCUAGAGGGGUCUAUCGAAAUCAUACAGCACCUGGAACCCUCUACUCAGGUUGCACACUGUGGCAAGGACAAUAAUGCCUGA